AUGUCAAAAUUAUUUAUAUCUACUGCCAAUGCAGGUAAAGCACAUGAAGCUGACAUUUUCCAGUUAUCGGUGAUUUCACCAUACACCAUUACUGUAUCUGGAGAUGGGUAUUUGAAAUUAUGGAUCAAUAAAUUACAAGAUAAUCAAUCACCAAAAGAAUUUGUAUUCAGUCAUUUCGUUCAUAAAUCAGGUUUGCAUCAUGUAGAUUCUUAUUACGACCAUGAUGUAUGUAUAGUGACAUGUGUCUCAUUUUCUGGAGAAAUAUUUAUGUUUCAAAUAAAUACAACAGAGCAUACCUGUGAGCCAAUCGAUUUGAUCAAAGAUGAUACUUUGAAGAAAAAAUCAUUUUGGGCUGUUAAAUGGUUCAAAAGUCAAGAUUUAGUCGUAUCGCAUAGAUUUGCAGCUACAGAUGUUAAGGGGAAUACUUAUGUUUGGAAAUUCUCUACAGGUGUUAAAAAAAAUGCACAAGAAAUGGAGCAAGAUCAGAGACAAAGGCAAGGGGAUGGGAAGCGUGGAGAGAAAAAAAUAGUAAAAGAAGAAGAAGUGCAAUUUGCCAUUGGCGAACCUUCCAUGAUAUUUGAUGGUGUAAUCCCUCCGCCAUCACCCUCAUUUGCCAUUUGUUUAGAUAUAUCACCAAAGGGACAAAUUGCCACCGGGUUUUCUAAUGGUAAUGUUGUAGUAUCUCAAUUAUCUACGUUAAGACCUAUAUAUACGUUUGAAGGGUUUGGUAUUAAAGGUAUUGCACAAAAUAGUAGUACGAUCCGUAAUUUAAAAUUCUCACCAUUGGGAAAUCUAUUAGCUGUGGCUAAUGAUUCCGGAUCAUAUGGCUGUAUUACAUUGUAUGAGACAGAAUAUGGAGAGCGUAUAGGUAACUUUUCUGUCCCCACACAUUCCAAUCAAAGUAGUAUUGGAUCAUUUGCCCAUAUGGGAUGGGUGUUUGGACUAUCCUUUAAUUCUACGGGAGAAGUAUUGGCAUCUUGUGGAUAUGAUGGUAAGAUUAGAGUUUGGGAUAUCAAAUUGAAAGAAAGAUUGAGUACUAUCAAUAUAUCAGCCAAUGAUAUUGAAAUAGAACAAGAUAUUUUGACUCAAGAUGAAAAUGGUGAUUCUCUUUUGACUCCUGCAGUAAUGGACGUAUCCUUUAUUGGGAAAGGUAUUCGUGGAGGAAUGAAUUCCGAAACAAAUGAAGGUCUUGUUUGUGUUGCAAUGGACCGUAGUGUAAGAUGGUUCCGUGAAGCUGGGGGUAAAUAA